ACCACUUGAACAAAGUACACACACACAGUCACACGUGUGAAAGCUUCAGCCGCCAAGCCAAGCCAAGCCAAACAAGCCGAAGCUUAUUUGUAAUAAUCAAUGGCAAAAAUAACGGUUUGUAGAAGAAACCACAGUCGUCCGAUUCAUCCAUUCAUUCUCUCUCUUGAUUCCAUUUCUUCGUCUUCGUCUUCUUCUCAACGCAACGCUUUCUCUCUUAUCCAUCAUCGCACUCUUCUUUUCAAGAUUAAACUUCUUGUUUCACUCUCAAGUUGCUAAAUUAACAAAUUUAUAGGUUGCAUAUGUAUCAAAGAUUUUCGUUGGAAGUGAAGAAGAUAUUGUUUUUCUUCAUAUUUGUGUAAUGUUCUGUUGAAACGUUAUUGCCUCGUGUCAAUGGCUGCUGAUCAGAGGAGGAAACGAGUAAAUGGGGCAAGCAUUGUCGGUUAUGGUUCUAAAGAGCAACACAGAACUAAAAGAAUGAAUCCGGGUCUAGUUCAAAAUGGCAUGAGAUCCCACAUCUCUGUUGAAUGGGAUAACAACCGGAAAACAGUUGUUGCCAAGCGGGAACAAAUUGGUAUCAGUUGGAGACAAAUGAAACCGUUUGUCAAUUAUGUUUCUAAAGAUCAUAAAGUCUUAGCAGACGUGUUUACAGUGCCUCAAGAAAUUUUUGACUUGGAUAAUUUAAGUGAAGUGCUUUCGUGUGAGGUUUGGACUACCCAUCUUUCAGAAAAUGAGAGAAACCUUCUUAUGAAUUUUCUCCCUCAAGGCAUAGAGCCACAUAAAGUCGUGGAAGAUUUGCUAGCUGGGACUGACUUUGACUUUGGAAACCCCUUUUUGAAUUGGGGUGCUUCAGUUUGUUCCGGCAAUCUUCAUCCAGAUAUAAUUGUUGACCGUGAACAGCAUCUGAAGUCUGAGAAGAGAGCAUACUACACACAGUUGCAUAAUUAUCAUAAUGAUAUGAUAGGAUUUCUAUCUAAGCUGAAGGAGAGGUGGCAAAGCUGCAGAGAUCCAGAAAAGGAACUUUUGCAGAAGAUGUGGAGACCAAAGCAUGCUCAGAAGAGAAUGCCCUUAAAUGUGAAUGCAUCUAAAGUUUAUGAUCAUGAUGGGAAUGUCACAGUGACAUCUGAGUCAUGUUCGUGGGAUACAGAGGAGAAAACAUGUAGUAGUGACUACCUAAUUUCUUCAUUGAGAAAGGAUGAUAAACUUCAGAGAAAGGUGGUUGAAAAAGGCAUCGUGAAAUGUAAAUCCAGAAAUUUGAUGCUUGCUUCAGAUGGUAUGCACAUUAAGGGAGGAAAGCCCAAGAAAGCAGACAAAGUACUCAAGCGUAACAUUCAUUUUAUCGAUGGCGACAAAUACAUGUCAUGUAUCAAGAUUAGCAGGCAGCAGCAUGAACUUGUUAAGAAUAUGAAGCAGUCUGGUAAAAGCAUCCAAUCUAAGUCUCUUAACCGUGUUUUGGGCAACCUCAAUAACAUUCAUGUCCAGCCAUACAAAGUGUUUGUCAAAGAAGAACAGAAGAAAUUGCACGAGCAUUGGUUGCAAUUGGUGAUCAAAGACCUCCCUGUGGCAUAUGCGAACUGGAUGCAGAGACAGAUACAAAGAGAUGCAAUGAGGAAUUCUUUGGUGGAAGAGAUGAAGGGCAAAUCAGCUCCAAUCUUUGAGGAAGAGGGUAAUGUGAGCUUGGGGAGGGAGCUUCAGGAUCAGGACGAGGCCAUGAGCUUGGGGGGCGAACCUAGGGAUCAGAAUGAGGAUAAUCUAAGCCCCGCAGAGGAUCAGAAUGACGAUGUGUGCCCAGGGCGCGAACUUCAUGAUCAAGAUGAGGAUAAUAUAGGCCCAAUAGAGGAUCAGAAUGAAGAUGUGAGCUCAAGGAGCGAACUUCAGGAUCAUGAUAAGGAUAAUAUGAGCCCAAUAGAGGAUCAGAAUGAAGAUGUGAGCUCAGGGACCGAACUUCAGGAUCAAGAUAAGGAUAAUAUAAGCCCAAUAGAGGAUCAGAAUGAAGAUGUGAGCUUAGGGAGCGAACUUCAAGAUCAAGAUAAGUAUAACAUAGGCCCAAUAGAGGAUCAGAAUGAAGAUGUGAGCUCAGGGAGCGAACUUCAAGAUCAAGAUGAGGAUAACAUAGGCCCAUUAGAGAAUCAGAAUGAAGAUGUGAGCUCAGGGAGCGGACUUCAGGAUCAAGAUGAGCAUAACAUGAGCUUGGGGGAUGAGUUUCAGAAUGUGGUGGAGGAUGUAAGUGGUCUAAAUGAUCAAUCUAACUUGAAAGUUUAUGAGGAUUCUGUUGUUAGGGCUCCAGAGAUCCGGCCCUCACAUAAUUCUUUCUCUAGUUGUGAUUGUGACGAUGGUUUCAAUCGAAUGAAAGCGGAUUCAGAAAAGAAUAUUGUUUUAACAAAAUCGGAUGAUACCUCACCGGAUAAAGACAAGUAUCCAAAGAAUAUGAACACUCAGGAUGUUUCUACUGAUGAAGGAGUGCCUUUCACUUCUGGAAGUGAUGUCUGGCAAUCAGUUGAAAUGCCACAUUCAUACUAUGACACUGCUGUGACUCACAAGUACACAGCCAAUCGAUUAUCACUCUCUAACUCUCAAGUGAACGAAGAUCAUUUAAACCAUGUGAUCGAUCUUGAAGCUGAUGAUUUGCAUCAAGAAGAGACAGGUAAAGAGUUGUUACAUGAGCAUUUGGACAAUGGGACCUCCUUCAGUUCUUACGAAAGCCAGGAUCGAGGUGCCUUAAUUCACUCUCUAUUCAAUGGAGAAGGGUUGUUACCAUAUCAUGAACAAAAAGGAGCCCCGUUGGAUUUCCAGACUUCAAACAAUGUUAUGAUGAGCGAUGGUCAAUGUUCUGGUCAUUUCAAGGAGCCCUUGCAAAUGUCGUUGACAUUGGACCCGGGACAGAGUAGAGCUACUGAGGUUUACAUGCCAGAUAGUAUGUCACAGAAUAUUCAUUCCAAUGCAGGAGGAAGGUACUUAAUCCCCAGCCAAGAUCCAUUCAUCCCCCGGCAAGAUCCAUUCAUCCCUCGGCAAGAUCCAUUCAUUCCUAGGCCAGAUUCAUUGGCUGCAGUAAAUGUAACUGAUUGGGCUGCUAAUACUGGUUACAUGGCAGCGCCAUCCCAAUCUCACUUGAAUACCGGUAAUUUUAUUGGUCAUCAUUGGCCCCCAUCUAACCACCAAGUUCGCGGUGGCUGGAAUGGACCUGUUGGCAGCAGUCUUUCAAGUCAAAGUGUUGGCACCGGAGCUAACACUGAUCAAGGCUUAUUUAAUAUCCUAUCACAGCAUAACCAAUUACGUCCUGGUAGCUCUUAUGAUUCAAUCAGAAAUCCUGACCAGUUUCUUGCACCAAGAACUUUUGGAGUAGAUGCAGGCACUAUCAGGAUGAAUCCUGCAGCUGCUUUACCACCGCAGGCUUCCAAUCCAUUAGAUUACUUCACUGGACGCGAGGCGGCGUCUAGUGGACUGGUGCCUGAUGACAUGACAUGGGUGAAUUUGCAACAUCCGAAUUCUGCAUUACAUGAUCCAAUGGGAAAGCCGUAUAUAAGGUCGUCAUGGAACCGGUUCAUCUUUCACAUUUUGAGACAAAUCAUUGGAGUUGAAAGAAAAAUGGAACAUUCAAAUUUUGAAGAAGUUGCCAAAAAAAGUGCAGAAGACAGAAAUAAAGAAGUGAUUCGAAUAGAACGUGAAUCCGUCAUACCAAUUUUGAAACCUAAGCUCUUCAUGACAUUGGCCAAUCUUAUUAAGCAUAGUUCUGAUCGAGCAGAGUUUUUGAAGCUUUGCAAGAGAAUAGAGUAUACAAUUAGAGCUUGGUACCUUCUACAGUUUGAGGAUAUGAUGCAACUAUAUUCACUGUUUGAUCCUGUUUCUGGGGCCCAAAAGUUGGAACAACAAGGCUUAACUUCUCAUGAAAUUGAUGUACUUGAACAAAACUUCUUGAGAUACCUUUUUGAGGUCAUGAAAAAGAGCAACUUCAAGAUUGCAACUGAUGAUGAAAUUAAUGUUGCACUUUCUGGACAAUAUCUUCUGAAUCUUCCCAUUACUGUUAAUGAAUCUAAGCUUGACAAUAAGCUUUUGAAAAAAUAUUUUGAAGCACAUCCGUUUAAUGACCUUCCAGAUUUCCAUGAUAAGUAUGUCAUAUUUCGGCGCGGCAUUGGCAUUGAUCGAACGACGGAUUACUUUAUAAUGGAGAAAGUAGACAUGCUCAUCGCACGUUUCUGGGCAUAUCUAUUAAAAAAACUCAGGUUGGACAAACUGAUUUCGAAACGAUCAAAAAGACAUGGUAAGAAGUUAGAUCCAAAGAAGGACGAUGACAUAAAGUCGGAAGAUUGUCAAGAUGAUGUAUACGAACGGAUACGUCUUGAAAAUAUGCCAUUGAGUUCUGGUACUUUGCUAAGCAAGACCUUAAUUCAAGAACCUACAUUUGAUAGGAUCAUUGUUGUUUAUAGGCGAGCUAGUUCCUAUUCAAAACAAGAAAGAGGAAUUUUUGUGAAGCAUUUCAGAAACAUCCCAAUGGCUGAUAUGGAAAUAGUUCUUCCAGAAAAGAAAAAUCCUGGAUUGACACCAAUGGAUUGGGUGAAGUUUCUUGGAACUGCUAUUGUUGGGUUGGUAGCUGUUCUUAGUUCCCUUCAAGCAGCUACAACUGAUUUGAGGGUUAUUGGUGCUAUUCUCUCUACAAUAGGUGGUUAUUGUGUUAAAACAUAUUUCACGUUCCAACAAAACUUGGCUGCAUAUCAGAAUAUGAUAACACAGUCAAUGUAUGACAAACAACUAGACAGUGGAAAGGGUACACUUCUCCAUUUAUGUGAUGAUGUCAUUCAACAAGAAGUGAAAGAGGUAAUGAUUGCAUUCUUUAUUCUAAUGGAACAGGGAAAAGCUACAAGACAGGAACUGGAUCAAGGGUGUGAAGAACUAAUCAGAGAAGAGUUCAAUGAGACAUGCAAUUUUGAUGUAGAUGACGCUGUUCACAAACUUGAGAAGUUAGGAAUUGUCACUCGGGAUCCUAUAGGACGAUAUCAAUGUGUUGGAUUGAAAAGAGCUAAUGAGAUAAUUGGUGUUACCACUGAAGAGCUUGUAAUUAAGGCAAAACAAGGAAACAUCACUACUCCUUGAUGCUUGUUCCAUUCAAAAGAACUCCUUGAUGCUUGUUGUUUUGUAA